UCCCACUCCAGCAGCUCUUCUCACAGGACGAGUCACCAGCCCAGCCUCUUGAGAUGGCCUACGUCCCUGCACCGGGCUACAACCCCACCUACAACCCGACGCUGCCCUACAACAAGCCCAUCCCCGGCGGGCUCAGAGUGGGAAUGUCCGUUUACAUCCAGGGAGUGGCCAGUGAGCGCAUGAACAGGUUCUCCGUGAACUUCGUGGCGGGGCACGAACCAGGGGCGGACAUUGCUUUCCACUUCAACCCCCGCUUCGAUGGCUGGGACAAGGUGGUCUUCAACACGCAGCAGGGUGGCAAGUGGGGCAGCGAGGAGAGGAAGAGGAGCAUGCCCUUCAAGAAGGGCGCCGCCUUCGAGCUGGUGUUCACGGUCACGGCCGAGCACUACAAGGUGGUGGUGAAUGGAAAUCCCUUCUAUGAGUUCGGGCACCGGAUGCCCCUGCACACGGUCACCCACCUGCAAGUGGAUGGGGACCUGCAGCUUCAGUCAAUCAACUUCAUCGGGGGCCAGCCCGCCCCACACCAGGGACCCAGGCAUCACCCGCCUUUCCCUGGCCCCGGACACGGCCAUCAGCCGCUGAAAAGCCUGCCUUCCAUGGAGGGACCCCCAACCUUCAACCCGCCUGUGCCGUUUUCGGGGAGGCUGCGAGGGGGCCUCACAGCCGGAAGAACGGUCAUCAUCAAGGGCUGCGUGCCCCCCACAGGCAAGAGCUUCGCCAUCAACUUCAAGGCGGGACCCUCAGGGGACAUAGCUCUGCACAUCAAUCCCCGCAUGUCCGAGGGCAGCGUGGUUCGGAACAGCUUUAUGAAGGGCUCGUGGGGCCCCGAGGAGAGGAACAUCUCCUACAACCCAUUUGGCCCUGGGCAGUUCUUCGACCUGUCCAUUCGCUGCGGCCAGGAUCGCUUCAAGGUCUACGCCAACGGCCAGCACCUCUUUGACUUCUCCCAUCGACUCCCGGCCUUCCAGUGCGUGGACGUGGUGGAAAUCCAGGGUGAUGUCGUCUUGUCCUACGUCCAGAUCUGAUCUAUUCCCAGGGCCAUAACUCCUGGGAAACGGAAGGAUUCCCUAGGAGUCCCUUCUAAGCCCCUAAUAAAAUGCCUAAGGUUGUCUCA